CUGUGCAACACCGUUCUAUGAGCUGUCCUGGGUGCUGAAAAUUCAGAACAAUAAGAAAAAGAUAACGGAAUAACGCCGUGGGGUUUAUUUUAUUUUAUUGUUUAUUUUUGUUUUGUUUUAAAAACAUGCCUCGAUCGUUCCUCGUUAAGAAGGUGAAAUUAGAUGGUUUUCACUCUCCCUCUGCUGCAGUUUCAGCUUCUCAACAACACCUUGACAACUCGUAUACAAUAAGCAGGUCUCUCACAGACACUGUGGAGAACUUAGGGGUCCGGGUCAGUGAGAACGGUUAUAUUCACAGCUACAUCAGCCCGUCAGCGGUGUACGAGAGCCGAGGGGAGAGUCUGACUGCGCCCCAGCCUGUCUUCACCAAAGUCGACGAGGUGUAUGGGGAGCCGGAGGGACUGGGGCUGGGGCUGGAGCCGGACAGCCCUCGCUCGGGGCUGGCGAACGGCUACUUCAGCGGUGAGGCGGCGGUCAGCGAGGGCUACAGCAUGGACGCCUUCUUCAUCACGGACGGCCGGUCAAGGAGGAGGAGUGGCAGCGGUGGGGGGAGGCAGCCGGGACAGCGGCACCGCUGCGGGGAGUGCGGCAAGACGUAUGCCACCUCGUCCAACCUGAGCCGCCACAAGCAGACCCACCGCAGCCUGGACAGCCAGCUCGCCCGCAAGUGCCCGACCUGUGCCAAGGUCUACGUCUCCAUGCCCGCCCUGGCCAUGCACGUCCUCACCCAUGACCUCAAGCACAAGUGCGGCACUUGCGGCAAGGCUUUCAGCCGGCCCUGGCUGCUGCAGGGUCACCUCCGCUCACACACCGGCGAGAAACCCUUUGGCUGUGCCCACUGCGGCAAGGCGUUCGCCGACCGCUCCAACCUGCGAGCUCACAUGCAGACCCACUCAGCCUUCAAGCACUUCCGCUGCAAGCGCUGCAACAAGACAUUCGCCCUCAAGUCCUACCUGAAUAAGCACUACGAGUCUGCCUGCUUCAAGGGUCCCCAAGAGGGGGAGUCCUGAGAGAGAUUCCAAAAAAAUGCAUCGCCUCGUAAAUGAGGGGGCGUGAGAUAGAAGAGAGACGUGCAAAAAUACAAAUGCAAAAUCUCCUAAACACGGAAUCAGACAUACAAAAGUACAAAUGCAAACCCUCCCCCCCCCCCAAACGUGGAAUAAAAUAGAGAGACGUGCAAAAAUAUUAGUGCAAAAUUUCUUAAAUAUGGAUUGAGAUAAAUGCAAGACGUGCAAAAUUUACAAAUGCAACACCUCCAAAUAUGGAACAAGAUAGGAAACGUACAAAAUAUAAAUUGCAAACUUUUUCAUCGUGGAAUGAAAUAAAUGAGAGACGUACAAAACUAGAAGUUGCAAAACCUCCUAAAUGUGAAAUGCGAUAAAUGAGAGACGUGCAAAUAAGAAUGCAAAACCUCCUAAAAGGCGAGGAAUGACAACUUCUCUCCACCUCAAAGCAAUACUUCUUGAGAUUACUUCCUAACAUGUUUUUUUUUAAAAUUAAUAUAUGCUGGAUUUGCUCUGAAAAGAAAAAAAAACUGCAACCCUCUCUUCAAAGUUGUGGCAUGACAUAAAGAUUAUAUUUUUUUUGCUGUGCACCCACCAGAAUUUUUGGAAACACUCCUUUCAACCAGGUUUGGGAGGAGGAACUCAUGAAGUGAAAGCACUGGGAUCAUGAUGACUUAGAUGCACAAAUACCUGUACAAACAGGCAGGUGUGUGCACGUGCACAGCUACACCGGGAAUAUGUACGCCACACGCAAGAAUAGUCAGUCUCCCAGAACAUGCCAAUGACACAUGUGCAACCAUGCACCUGUGCAUUAAACAUACAGGCACAUGCAUGCGCAUGCAGAUACAUGCACAUUGACAAAUAGGCAUGUGUGCAUGCACACAUACAUCUGCAUAUGCACACAGGGACACAUAUGCACGCACACUCCCCACUUUUCUAGAACAUGUCAACAUCAUGUGCCAUGCAUGCAUGCACAUACAGACACAUUCACACACACGCAAAGAUGACCUCUUGUAUUUUUUAUGCUGCUCUUUGCUACAGGACGGGAUAUAUUUAUUGCAUCUUCCACGGCGAUUGAAUGGUACUCGACUUUUUCAAAAGGGUAAUUUUUUUCACUGACCUGAAGACAAUGCAAUGUUUCUGGUGUUUUCCCCAGGAUUGACCCAUCAGCAAGUAUUAUGCGUUAAGGCUGAAUAUUUUUUAUCAACCGAAAACUAGUACAUUGUGCCAUGUUAUUGAAUUAAUCUACAGUAGAAUCUACCUACAGUGACCAUGUGGGUCAGUUGAGCCUUCUGUGACUAAGCAUUCUGGUGCCAGAUCCUUGUGUUAAAUAAAGCUAGGUGCUAAUUUUGACAGUCAGCAGGAAAAUGCAGAAGUCUUCUUUGGGUAGGUAUGGAACACAGGAUUCUGAACACAAGGCAUAUUUCUGCAAGAUAUAUUCAUCCAAAGGUAGAAUUGACCAUUUAUAGGAAGGCCAGUGGCCCAAUUAGUUCUCACAAGUUUCCUCUCACUGAACUUCUCCAGGCUACAUCAGCAGAACCUUUUAUUCCUCUGUCUUCCAUAUUCCUUUCUAGCUUCCCCUUAAACUUAUGAACUUAUUUGCCUUGAUUACGCCUUCUGUAUCAUAUUCCACAGUUUACUCGCUUUUAGAAUAAACUUCCCCGGAAUUCCCUUAUUGGUGACUAUUGAUCACCCCAAGUUUUAAACUCACCCCUCAUUGGAAACAGCUUUUUUGCAAACCUAUCAAAUUGCUUCAUAAUUUGAAGGGUCCAGCUUAUAGAAUUAAAUUUUAUUGCCAUGUGUACACAAUUACAGGAGUACUGCGAAACAUUGCCACACACAUUGCCACCUUAGGGACAAAGAUAUCUCGGGACAAAAAACUUAAGGUUCAAAUUGUAAAAGAGAGAAACAAAGUUUAAAAUGUUAAGCAUUACAGACCAUCAUCGUACAUACAGAAAAAUAAAGAAAUAAGGUAAUAGUUAACAUUAAAGUGAGAUUUUGAUGAUAGUUGUACAAUCUCAGUUCUGAUCCCAUCCACACGAAACCUUAUUGCACCUUAUUCAGUGCCUCUACAUUCUCUCCAUAACAUGGAGACCAGUCCUGUGCAGAAUAUAUAUGUAGAGUACCUCUCUACCUCCCUCCCUCCCUUAAGAGGAAGAGAAGAGCAUUUAGAGAUUCAAACUUCUCCCACUACUUUGUCAAGUCCUGGCUAAACUGUCUCUAACUAUCUGUCCUCUUUCAUCCCUUAAUACACUAUUCUAAACAGAUAAAGCAUGAUUUCUCUACUUUCCAAUUUUAUUCAUCUAUAAAUGUGCUUCAUUUCAGUUUACAUGUCCUCCUGGGGUAUUUGGUGAUUCAGUGGUAAUGUUACUGAUCUGGUAAUCCAGAGGGGCCCACCUAAUGCUUAUGUUCAAAUCCCACCAUUACCAGCUAUUGGCAUUUAAAUUCAAUUAAUAACUCUGGAAUUGAAAGCUAUUCUUAAUGAUGGUGACAAUAAAGCCAUUGGUGUCCUGAAAAAGCAAACCAUCUGGUUUACUAAGUCAUUUAGGGAAGGAAAUCUGUCAUCCUUACCUGGUCUGGCCUACGUAUGACUCCAUACCCACAGCAUUAUGGUGUCUUUUAACUCCUCCAUCAAAUAGCCUAGCAAGCCAUUCAGUUCCAGGGUAAUUAGGAAUGGACAACAAAUACUGGCCUUGUCAGUGAUGCCCAUAUCCCAUGUAAAAAAAAAUGAAAUUGCAUGCCUUCUUUUAGUAAUAUGUCUGGAUGCCUCUAAAUCCCUUUUACGCAUGACCCCAUUUUAAAUUUUCUCUCGGGAAUUUCUAGUCUCUUUAUUCUGCCUAUCAAAAUGCAGCAUCUCCAACUUAUCUCUUAAAAUUCCCUCAUCAUGUGAGAGCCUAUUUAGGACUGAUAUUUUGUUUUAGUUUUCCUUCUAUGUAGAAGGCACUCUGACCAGGUUUGUUGAAUCACUGAUAAAAUUAUAUCCGCCAUGAUGAAUAUAACUUGCGCAGGUAUGUUCUAAGUUCCAGAUUUCCUGGGAAUAUACUUUAGCUUAACUGCUGAACCAGUGGUAACCACAUGGAAUCGACUACCUACUCAACCAGUCAUAGCAAUCAGUUGGGGAUGCCUCCUGCAUUGCAAAUUGUGCUAAUAUUGAUCAUACUUUGUCAGUAGGUCAUUGGCUGUGAAGUGUUUUGUGGUUCCCCAGGGAGGGUGAAAUGUGCUACAGGAAUGCAGGUUUUGAAUCAACCACUAUAACUGGAUUCUACUGUAUUUGAACAUUGUAAAAUAUUGUUAUGAUUAUGUAUUAUUGUUCUUGAUAACAAAGAGGUGCACUUUUCAUGGAGCAGAGUUUCUGACAGGGAGAAGAGUUCUGUAAUUUCCCCAAGCUGUGUCACAGAGUUGGAAUUUGCUGAUGUGUGUUUCAGUGUUAUCCAAACUGCACUGUGAACAUGCCAACUGAACACCGUUUCCAUGAAAUUGUGCCCCUUUGCUUUUAUUGAGCCAAUCACCUAUGAGCCAUGGAUUAUUAACCCCUGUGUUGCCAAAGCGCUUGCCACUUUGAAGAAAGUAAUGUUUCUUUUAAGUUUACGUAACUAUUUAUGUAUUUAACUAUUUAUGUAUUUAACUAUUUAUGUAUUUAACAAUUUAUGCAUUUAUUUAUUUAUGCCAUAGUUUUACAAGUCACAAACAUCACUGAAACAGAUGGGAGUUUGUUUUGAAUUCCUAAAAGCUCAGAAUUAAUUUUUUAAGCACCAUUAUGGUUCCUUUUUGUUGUUGUUGCAGUGCAAGGGUCACUUGAGAAAUGACAGUUUGGGGAAUUGAGUGAAUGUUGAUAUUGUAAAUAAGGCACUACGCUGUAUUCCAGCAAUAAUUCAAUGAUGCAUGGCUUUCCUCCCUCUUCUAGUUUAUUAUGUCCUCAACAAGAGAAUGCAGAUAUUGACUGCAGUAUUACUUAACAAUGGAAAUCAGGGAUCUGGCAGGGAUGGAAUAAGCAUCUGCAGACAAAGCAUUAAGUAGUCUUCCUUUGACUGCAGGAUCUGUGUCAGGCUGCUGUUGUGCUCUUUGCCUCACAUUAUGGCCAUGGGAGAUUUUGCAGACAAUGUUUUGUUGUUCUCUCUACUUCUCUCUGUUUUCAAAAGUUAGGCUUUACCUAGGCCAUUUGGCAAUCUGGUAUAAGAAUCCAUUCGCAUCUGCAAUCCUCUCAUUAACCUCUCUGUAAUACAGUGCACUUGUUUCAAUUUUUGCCCUGUCCAUUUCCCUCCAAAUUUCACCCCACUAAUAUGUUCGGAAGGAGGUUAUUCAGCCCCUCUUCCGCGACUCCAUUAGAUCACAGCGAGUCUGCAUCUUCAUUCCAUUAACUCGCAAUCCUUUUGCCUAACCAACAUCGAUCAAUCCCAGCCUUGAAAUUUUCAAUUGACACCCAACCUUUGCAGUUUAUUUGGAGAGGUAGUAGGGGUGUAGGUGCAAGAUCUCCACUACAGUGAAGUAUUUUCUAACGUUAGCCCUCAACAACUGAUAAGGGCCCAUUGUUCUGGACAACCAGAAGGAGUGGUUUCUCCCUAUCUAGCCCAUCAACUCCAUCAACCAUCUCAAAAACAUUCUGAAAACUGGCUGACUUGAGUAAAACAGCUGCAUUGUGAAAAAAAAUUGCAUGCACCAGCCCAGUGAAUCCCAGGAAAUCCUUUCAUUUUAAAGGGAGCAUUGAACACAGGUGCUAAUUUCUGGUUUGCAAUCCAGGCAGGAUCAGGACACUGAGCUGGGAAAUUUUGCCAUGACCACAUUGAAUGGUGGAACAGGCUCAAAGGGCUGAAUAACCUGGUCCUGUCCCUAUUUCAUGCAUAAGGCAGGAUAUGUGUUUGCUUUUAGUUCCCCAGUGUAGGGCUAUCAGUUGAAACCCAGAUAUUGUUUCAGGUUAGCUGGGACAGCAUAGAGAGUGAGUUAAACGUAGUCUGUGAGAAUCGCUACUUCAUUCUAAUUGAACUUAGCUUUUAGAGUUCACUCUGCCCUCUAGUGGGAAGUUGCCACUGUUUAAAUUGCUGACAGCACUAGUUGUGAUCGUUUCCUCUAUGUUUAAAACCAACAUUUUUUUUUCUGAACUGAGCAAAAAAAGUGCUGACUUUAUUAGAUUCAGUGUGUCACAUAAUUUGUAUUUGUGCUCACUGUGUUUGAAUAAUCUGAUUCUUGUGUUCAAAUCCCUCCAUGGUCUCACCCAUCCCUAUCCGUGAACCUCUUGCAGCUCAACAACCCUUCCAGAUAAAAUCAGAAAUUGCUGGAGAAGCCAUCCCUGACCACUGCACUCCUUCCAUUCCGGCCUCUUGUGGAUUCCCUGCCUGCUUCACUCUAGCUAUUGGCAGUCGAGCCUUCAACUACGUCAGGCCCAGCCUCUGCAACUCCUUCCCUUCACCUUGCAGCCUUUCUGCCUCUCCUAUCUCUGUUCCUGGAAACCUACCUCUCUCAACAAAUGGUUGAUCAUCUGUCCAAGUGUCCCCUCUGUUGUUCCAGUGUCAAUUCAGAAAAACCAUCUACUUCACAAAUGUCCUUGAAGGAAGGAAGCGUUCUUUACUGGAUAAAUAUAGGAGAAGUAAGCCGUUCUGACUAUCAAUUCUGCUCUGCCAUUCAAUCACAUCGUGGCUGAUCCGAUAAUCCUCAACUCCACUUCCCUGCCUUUUCGCCCACAACCCUUGAUUCCUUUGUUGGCUAAAAAUCUAUCUCAAGCCUUGAAUUUACUUGUGAGACCUUAAGACAUAGGACCAGAAGUAGGCCAUUCAGCCCAUUGACCCUGCUUCAUCCAUCAAUAAGGUCAUGGCUGAUAUAAUAAUCUUUA